AACCAAGGGCCACUGGGCUGUAAACAACGUAAAAUCGCCUCCAAAACCCUACUUUUUCCAUCUGAACCGUACUCAAGUGGCAGUAAAAUAGAGAUUACAAGUUUUAAAACGCCGAUUUUCCGAAUUCAAUGUGUCUGCGUGGUUCAUAUUUGUGAUACAAACUCGCGCGACACGUACCCUCUCAACAUUUUUCUUUCGGCAAUCCAAAUACCAGCUGUCAGUGACGGGUUGUGUUUUCUUUCUGCUCGGCGAAGGCAAUUGAUACGGCUCGAAACGCCUAAUCAUCGGCAAAUUUAAUUUGUCUCAUCAAAAGAAAAGUGUUUUCUAGUGAUUGUAGAACUCGAAACGGCACUUAUCACGGUCGGCGUUGUCCUCGCGUUAGUUAUCUCGCCACCCCCACGUUGUCUAGCUGCACUGAGAGUGUGAGUGGUACGUUAUCUAUUGGCGUAUCAAUUGUAGCAGCAAAAACAAUACCAAAGAUUGCGAAUCGCAACACAAACGACACAGCGGCCGGCAGCAAUAAUGGCGACACUUAAUCAAGCGCUCGUGUUGGCCCUCGAAAGCAACCCGAAGGAAGCGUACGUGGUCGCAGCGGAGACACUUUUGCGCCUGCUGGACAACAUCAUACGCGAGCCGCAGAACGCCAAGUACCGCACGGUGCGGAUAGAUAAUCCCUCGAUCAGGGAGAAGCUGCUGUCGGUGGAGGGUAUGAAGCAGUUGAUGCUAGCGAUCGGAUUCGUCGAAUCGAACGGAACGCUCACGGUACCAUCGAACGUGCUGCUGGCAAACGUGCGACGGUAUCGCGAGUUUCUAUACGAACGGAAAGAGCUCGUCAAAAACCCGCCCAAGGAGAAGGACAUCACACCGAUCGGUAGUGUCACGUGUACAGAUAGUAAUAGUACUGCUGCUUCUGCUGCUGUUACGACGACCUCCACCACCAACAUUCCCCAGGAAGCGGCGACGGAGAAGAGUAAAAUGGUGCUGCAACCGUCUGGCAGUAAUGCCACUGCCGGACAGCAACGAACAGAAGCACUUUGCGUGAUUAAGUCUAGUCGACCGUUUCUGGCACGGAUCGAAUUCCCGAAGGUCAUUCCCGGCAACAAUACGUUGCUUCGUCAGCUCGAGCUGCUCUCCGAUCAGGUAAUGCAGUACGAGGACGAACUGCUGCUAUCCAGCGGGACGAGCCUCAUUCCGAUCGAUACACUAACGGCGAAGGCGAAAAGUAAGCUCACCCAGUGGCAACGGCUACUAGCUACCAGUGAAGCGACCGACACGAGCAAGGAGCCCAGUGAAAAGGACCUUCUGCUGGAGGAGCUAACCGCUUGGUUUCGGGCGGAAUUUUUCACCUGGGUAAACGCGCUGCCCUGUACGGUGUGCGGCAACGAGAAGACGCAGCUCGUACGCAGCACCGUUGAGGAUGGGGUGCGCGUCGAGGUGUACCAGUGUUGCGGGCAGCUGCGACACUUUUAUCGCUACAACGAUGUGGAAAAGCUGCUCCAAACACGCCGCGGACGGUGUGGCGAGUGGGCGAACUGCUUUACAUUCCUGUGCCGCUGCCUUGGGUACGAUGCGCGGUACGUGUUUUCGACCGGCGAUCACGUCUGGACGGAGGUGUGGUCCGAGCGAAGGCAACGCUGGAUCCACGUGGAUCCGUGCGAAAAUGUGCUCGAUGCGCCGCUGAUGUACGAGCACGGCUGGAGGAAGGAAAUUACGUACGUGUUCGGGUUUGCGCGGGACGAUGUGCAGGACGUUACCUGGCGCUACACGAACGAUCAUCAGAGGCUGCUGCAGCGAAGGAGACAGGGCGGUGCGUGCAGCGAGCAUGCGCUGCUGGAUGCUAUCGCGAAACUGCGGACGAAGCGACGCGCCGGGCUGAACUGCACUCCCGAGCAGAUGUCCCUUUUGCGAAAGCGUACGAUCGACGAGUGUUUGGAGCUGCUGGCCAAUGCGGGCCGGGUACCGACGGCCGCCGAACGGGAGGGUCGCAGCUCGGGCAGCCUCGAGUGGCGGUUACAGCGCGGCGAACAGCAGACCAACACGCGUUACAUGUUCAUUCCAACGGAGGAGGAGGUGCAGGCAAAGCAGUUCAAUAUUCGGUACUGCUGCGCAACGGAUUGCUACGAACGGUUUCUGAAAGGUGCUAGCAAUCGUGUGAAUGAAAAAAUCACGGAAAAAUCAAACGGUUGGGAAAGUCGACAGUACGUGAGUCGAAAUAUCUUCCGCAAGGAAGAACUCGAUUGGAAAAUGGUUUACCUCGCAAGGACAGAGGGGACCGAUGAAGCUACAAUCGAGUGGAACUUUGACUUUUCCGUGCAAGGACUGCGCGUGAAGCAGAUCGAGCUGCGGUUUGGUCAGGAAACGUACGAAGGAGCAAAGGUGGAGCUGUACUACAUAAAAAGUGAUGGUUCACAAUCGCAGGCUCUUUCUUCACUGUGCGAGUGUGGCAAAUUUACCCUGCAGGCACGGCUUUCCGGUGGCAAAUCCUGGCAGCAUGCGCAACUAUUUCGACAAUCCAAAACCGCUACCGAUGAGUAUCCGUUCGAGAUGAACAUCGUUUUAAUGUAGUGUGUUGUUCGCUGCAACCCUUUUGCUGGUGGUUUUCCAUUUCUAUUCUCCGAAACAGCUAAGUAGAAGCUAAAGCAAGUAAGCACCAUAAAAGUGGCUAUAUAAAUGCGAAGGGCAGAGAAGGUAUCGAAUGCAAUAAUGUACGGAUUUUUUUAGAUUUAGCUUGAUAAGAUGCACCACUCGUGUAACACGCGUCGUGGAUUCCAUUUUUUCCACGAUUCGAUUUAACUAGUCUCACUUUACACACACACACGAGCACCAUCCGUUUUGGCGCUCACAAUUCGACGCAGUAAUAAAAUAAUUACUCAGAAAUCACUUCA